GCUUGGAAACGACAGUAGAACAAUGCGACAAACAUAUCAUAAUGUUCAAUUUUCUGUUCAUGAAGAGACAGUUGUGUUCUGAAGUACAUAAUGGCUACACGGGAGCUCAUUCUCUCGGGCAAAGUGGGUGAUUUGCCUCAGAUACCGUCCAAGAUUGUACGGAUUUUUAUCAGUUCAACUUUCUCGGAUACUACAGAGGAAAGGAACUAUUUGAUGGAACAUGUCUAUCCACAGUUGCAGAAAUAUUGUAUGGCAAAGUAUGGCUUAGAAUUCCAGGUAGUAGACAUGCGAUGGGGUAUUAUGGAAGAAGCUCAAGAUGACCACAUGACCAGUAACAUCUGCCUGAAGGAGAUAGAGACAUGCCAGCGAUUGUCUAUUGGUCCAAACUUCGUGGUGCUCCUUGGCAAUAAAUAUGGUUAUCGGCCUUUCCCAGUGUGCAUCAGUGAAGACGAAUUCGACCUUAUCGUUGCUGCCUUGUUGGAGGAGGGUAUCGAUAUUGAUGUGCUAGUGAAGUGGUUUCAUCAUGACGAAAAUGCUGUGCCUCCUUUCUAUCGACUUCAGACCAUCAGUAAAGUACUGGAACAUUACAAUGACAAUGAAAAUGAAGACCUGAAGAAGGCCGAUCAAAGAAAAUGGGGCAAGAUAUUUGCCGAGCUGCAGGAUCUUCUGAGGGUGGGGUCAAAGCUGUGUGCAGAACAAGGCCACCUAACAGAGGAAGAGGUGGAAAAAUACUUCAUUUCUGUUACAGAACAGGAGAUCAAAGUUGGUAUCUUAGAACAAAGUGACCCUAAAAGCCACUGUUUCUGCUUAAUACGCAAUCUCCCAGACAUCAUAACCCACCUGAAACACCCCAAGGCUCAUCGGUACAUUGAUAUGAAGCCUGGCGAGUACCACAGAGAUGUCGAAGCACAAAAACUACUAAUCUCCCUCCGAGAUCAGAAAAUAUCUGAAAAACUCCCGCCUGAAAACAUCAUAAACAAGACGAUAUUCUGGAGCGAGGAUGGCGGUAUCAGUAAACACGACCAUAAAAAUUACAUUCAGGAACUUGGGGAGAACUUCUAUCGAAAGAUCAUGGCUAUGGUCGAUGAUGUCAUGGACAAAACUGAUCCAUUAUUCAGUGAUGAACUCACAACAGAGGUUCUACAACACGGCAUCUUGUGUCAAAAACGCUGCAGUGUCUUCCAUGGGAGAGAAAAUAUAGUUGAUCGGAUUAAAAACAUUCUUACGAAUGCUCAACAAAGUCUGAUCUCACAACAGCCGUUGGUGGUGUUUGGGGAAUCUGGAUGUGGAAAGACGUCAGUUAUGGCUAAAUGUGCACAGACUAUUUGUACUUGGGUCUCUGAUGAGGUGUUGUCAGUUUCUCCUGUCGUAGUCAUGAGAUUUCUAGGUACAACGCCUAAAAGUUCCAACAUUCGCCAAGUUCUCUACACAGUCUGCCAACAGAUCACAGCUGUCUAUGGAGAAGACGUCGAGGAUGUGCCAAAUGAACAAGACCAGCUGGUCAUUUACUUCUCAGACAUACUCAGGGUUGCCACUGCUGAAAAACCGCUUGUCAUCUUCCUGGACUCACUUGAUCAACUGUCUCAUGUUGGAGGUGCCCACCGACUCAACUGGCUGCCCCGAUCAGUUCCAUCUCACUGUCACAUCAUUGUAUCAACCAUACCAGCAAUGCAUGGAAUCCUUGCCAAAAUGAAGCGGCUCUACCACCACAGCCGUUUCAUCAAUGUGGAGCCAUUGGAACAGAACAUUUGCAUGGACAUCUUAAACUCUUGGCUUAAGCAGGAGGGUAGGCAACUCACCUCCAAACAGAUUCAAAAAGUUGAAGAUGCUUUUACGCAUUGUUCUUUGCCUCUGUUUACAAGCCUUGUGUUUGAGGAGGUAAGGGUGUGGAGAUCCUACACAAGCGUAGAUGAAUGUGUCCUUGAAAAGUCAGUCAGAGGUUGUAUACAGAAGUUAUUCGAGAGGGUUGAACUGCAACAUGGAAGAGUUUUGACUAGUCAUGCCCUUGCAUUCUUGACAGCUUCUAGAAAUGGUUUGAGUGACGUUGAGAUGAAUCAUUUGCUGUCGUUAGAUGAUCAGGUUCUUGAUGAGGUGUUUGUGUUCUGGUUCCCGCCAAUGCGUCGAAUCCCGGACUUGCUCUGGGCAAGAAUUAAAGAUAACCUGCAGACCUAUUUUAUUGAAAAGGAAGCAGAUGGCAUGACGGUGAACAACUGGUAUCACCGCCAGUUUGGUGAAGUUGCCACACAGCGGUAUCUGUCCAACCCGGACAUGAAAAAAUACAUUCAUUCGCUCAUGGCAGAUUUCUUUGUGGGAAAAUGGGGUGGAGGGAAAGGAAAACCUUUUAAGUUCACUGACCACCAGAUGAAACGGUUUGGACUUGAUAAGAGAGAAAGUGAGGCUGACAGGCUUGUCCCGGAGCAGCCAAUGGAAUUCCACAUUGAGGAUGCUAUACACUAUAACUUACGCAUGCUCAACGAACUGCCAUACCACCUGAUUGAAAGCGAUCGAACGACUGACCUAUUCACAAAUGUGCUGUUCAAUUACAGUUGGAUCUACCACAAGACAAAGGCAUUGUCAGCCCAAGAUGUCGUGAUGGACUACAUCAUUGCCUUGGCUACCUCCCCUGAGGUGUACCAGGAGGCAAGACCUCUUGUACAGGCAUUGAGACUUGCCGCCAACACUUUGAAUCAAAAUCCAAAUUCCCUACCUGUAGAACUGACAGGAAGACUACACUCUUUAGUGAAAGAAGUUCGAGGUAGAAAUGUCUUGUCCAAUAUUGCAGUCCUCCUUGCUGAUUGUACUACGAAAGGUCUCAAACAUUCCGCAUUGGUGCCAUCACACCAGUGCUUUGAGCCUCCGAACCCUCAUCUGUUGUGUAACCUUGAGGGCCACAAAUCUCUCGUCACUGACUUGAGGUUUGAUGAGAACAUCCCAGUGUUGUAUUCUGUGUCUAAAGACAACUCCAUUAUAGCUUGGGAUACUGAGAUAGGGGAGCACGUGUCACUGCUGAAUCUAGAGAACAUUGAGUUGCAUCGAUGGACAAAUCUCUUUUGCACUUAUGAUGGUGAGAAUAUAAUCUGUGAUACACACACCGAUGACAGCCCUCUUUUGGUGAUCGAUCCUACAUCAUUUGAGAUCCGCCAUCGGGUAGGAGCGAGAAAAAUGCCCAACUGCUGCAAUACUGCAAUCAGCGAGCACUAUGUCUGCCGGAACGGUGUCAUAAUUGACCUACGUAGUGGGAAGGAGAUUGUCUCCCUUCCCGACCAUCUUGGCACAACUGAUUUCUGUAAAGUAGCAAUUGAUGAGAAAAAUGGCACAUUUCUGGUCUCUGUCGAAACUGAUGUGUUAAUCAUUAACAUGGGUAGCUUAGAGAUUUCUGGGAAACUUCGGGGGCGCUAUAAACCAAGUAGUAUCAUUGUACGAGGUGACUUGGCGAUCGUUGGCUAUUCAGUCGAGUGCAAUGUCCGAAUCUUUCACAUAUGCCCUGGGAAUUUCAGCUUUACUCAAGAGAAGCACGACUACAAGUUCGAUUUCUUACAAGACAAGACAACAAAUGGCAUAAACAUGUACCGCCAAGAAGUUUCUGGUCUGAUCCUGUCAAACGACAAAAAACGAUUCUUGGUAAACCUUCAGCAGCGUUACAUAGUCAGCAUUAAAGUCAGAACACAGCAGGUGACAUUGAUGGCUCCCAGCCGCAUUGAAGAGCCUUGUUACUUCCAUGCUGAUUACUCAGCAGACCGAAUGCUUGUCGUUUGUGCCGAGAGCCGCCAUAUCUGUCUGUGGGCUCGGAAGUCUGGUAACAGUCUAGCCGUUGUGGCAAUCACCAGCGGUACUCCCAUCCACAAAUUUGCUGUUUCUUGUUAUGAUAACAGGGUAGCAACUGUUACCAUGUCUGAAAACAGCAUAAAGAUAUGGGACCUUGACAAAUUGAAGACUAUCAGUAAAUUGAAUUUGCCCGAGCCCUUGAAGUAUGAGAAUCCUCUUUCUGAAAGUGCAAUCCAGGUCCGAGGUGAUUAUGUGUUCAUCAAAAAGUUCUUGCCUCUGACAUCAGAACAGGCUUUCCAUUAUAAUGAUUACUUCGGCAUUGAUAUUGUCGGUAUCAGCUCUGGAAAGAAACGGGUGUUGCUCCCGUACGACAAGUAUGGGAAACUGACAGAUUUCUCUCUCUCUCUUGAUCACGCGAUUCUGGUCUUGCUCAUCGAGCACAAAAUGUCUCAACACAUAUAUGUCAUCAAUUUGUACGAGAGCAAAAUUGUGUACAAAUUUCCCUGGGAAGACCGCCUUGAAACCAUUCAGAUCAGUCCUGGGAAACAAUUCCUGUUUCUGCGAGGCCAGAAGAUCAUACUGUACAAUCUGGCACAAAAGGAGGCAGUGCGUGAGUUCGAGAAUGACCCCGUCAUGACACUGACUGAUAGUCAUGUUAUCGCCCGAGAUGAUGAGAAGAUCAUCAUAGCUGCCAUGCCGUACGAUGUUCUAACUAUAUUAGACACAGGAUUUGUCGUAUCCGCCAUCAACCUAGUGCCAAACAAUCCACGCCUUGUGCUUGCUUCUGAGAAAAAAGACAAAUCCUGCGAUGUACAUUUCAUUGAUUUCAUCUCCGGUUCAGUCAUCGGGAAAAUAUCACGAGUCAGCAAACAUGGGAUAUCAGACAUCUCAAAAAAUGGUGCAAUUAUCAUUGAUAAGAAAUUGCAUGUUUAUUCAGUCAAAGAUAUGAACUGUUUGGGACGCAUCCGGGCCCUUUCUGACAACAUCGAUGCCAAGCUGAGCUUUGACGGUCGAUACACAUACUGGUUAGACAAAGAGAACGCCAUGGUCAGGGCAUACCACAUAGAAAACGGUAAACCUAUCGCGCAGUGUGAUCUUCACGCAGAACCUGUCUCGCUGAAACUUGCACAGUUUGGGUACCACAUCAUCAUUGGGUGCCAAGAUGGCCGGUUGGUGAUGCUUCGGCUGCGAGACUUGGAGGGGAUGGACACCCAUAAACUCUUCAAGGAUGUUCUACCAUCCAUGGCAUCAAAGGCAAUCGGCGCAGUGGAUAAUUUCAUCUCUACGCUUGAUCCUGCCAUUGAAAAGGUUUACGAGUCGGUCAGGUUCUACGUAAUGCCAAAGCUGACGCCUGAAGUUCUACAACAGAUCAAGGCUGAUGCUUCUAAUAAAUCCCAGUUGGCAGUUUCAAAAUCGCCUGCUGGGUCUAGAAGUGUUAGCUCAGAUUCUGGUUCUGAUAAUUGUAGUCAUGGAAGUUCAGUUUGUAAUCUUAUCUAGUAGGACAACACUGGGAUGUCUUGAGAAGAUGCCAGCUUGGCUCCUUUGUAGAUCAAGUUCCUAUGGUGUGGGUGCUGUAGUUACAUACAUUUGUGUAUGUACAUAUAUAUAUGUACACAGUGGAAAAUGCGCUCAAGAAGUUUGUUGUCUCGAGCCACUCCUCAGAAAUCGACUCAAUGGAUAAAAACAUUUAAGACCCGAAAGUAGUCUCUACUCAUAUCAUAUAUACAUGUAUGUUCGAAUCUUUAUGAAAUGAUUUGCAGUAUUCAAAAUUAUUUUGAUCGUGCCUUUACUGAAUGUGAGAAGACAAGCCAGCAUGCUUCCAAAAAUAGUUCUUUCAUUCCUUCUAAAAAAGUAUUGCUGCCUGUGUAAUAGAAUAAUAACGUCUUUCAUUGCAUGGACAUUUACAUAUCCUCCAUUGUGUUAAAUAAUUCUUGAUAGUAUGGGUCGACAAUAAUGGCAGGGCCUGGAGUUUCCAUUUUACAUGUACCUCUUAUGUCAAAAUAUGUCUACAUUAAAUUGCGGUGUUAUCUAUGUACGAACGUUGUGUAUGUGCUCGGUUUGUGUGGUACUGUGUAAUGUUUUUUACACAACCUACAACUAUUUUACUUGACUGCUGUGAUUUGCAUCAAAAAUACAUUUACAGGGCUACUGUAAAGUGUACUUAUUUUAAAUGCUGUUUGGUUUGACUGCUGCUCAGUUUGUUUAGCGUUUAGAUUUUAGUAAUGAUAGCUAGGAUAAGACGCACCUUGUUUUAUCAUUAGAAAUAUGAUUUACUUAAGGACAGCCCUCCAUUAAGGACACUACGUUUGGUCCCCAAAUGGUUGUUUUCAUUCAAUUUGACCUCUCUAAUAAGGACAGUACUUGUCAGUCCCGAGAGGUUCUACUGUACAUGUAAAUGUUCCUUAUUUUAUCUGAAUAUAAGAAGUACUCCUUAAUACAAUAUGCGUGUCUCUUAGGUGAACAAUAUCCCUGUCUGUGAUUAUACUGAAUUAAAAUCUGUUGUAAUACUUGUUAUUUUGCCAUAAUCUUCUUUGUUUUUCAUAAAUGAAAAUGUUUUAUACAAAUAUUUAUAUUCAUACAUUUUAUGAUUAUACAGUGUUGUUGUAAUAUUCUUGGCU